AUGGCGACGGAUUCAGGACUUCCGUCAAGUCACAAUGACGCAACUCUAACCAACUACACCGCACUCCUACAAUGGAUGACCACCAACGGCGGCGACCUCCACCCGGCCGUGCAAAUCGCGCGCGACGACCACCGCGGCGUGCACCUGCAAGUCAAACAAGACCAGCCCCCGCUCCCCAGCAACACAGAGGUCAUCCACACGCCGCUGGCAGCGACACUCUCGUACUUCAACGCCAUCGACCACCGCCCAGCUAACUCGGCCGUGGCGUUCCCCGCGCACGGGUUCCAUCUGCCGCAAGCGUUUGUCGACGCUGUUGGCCCUGAGGAGACGUCUAUCUUUUUUCUGAUUGGGCAGUAUCUGCGUGGUGAGGAUGGGUUUUGGGCGCCUUAUUUGAGGUCGUUGCCGCAGCCGGGGGAUCUGACGACGCCGUUGUAUUAUGAGGGGGGCGAUUUGGAGUGGUUGGGGGGCACGAGUCUGUUGGCUGCUAGGGAGCAGAAGAGGGUGUUAUUGCUUGGGAAGUAUGAGGCUGGGGUUAGGGAGUUGGGGAGGGUUGGAUUUGAGGGAGUCGAGAGGUUUACUUGGGACCUGUAUCUCUGGGCGUCGACCAUCUUUGUGUCGCGGGCUUUCUCGUCUAAGGUCUUGUCGGGUGUCAUCCCUGACUCGGAUCUGCCGGAGGAGAGCGUCUCCGUUCUUCUGCCCUUCAUCGAUGUCUUGAACCAUCGGCCGCUGGCUAAGGUGGAAUGGCGCGCUGGCAAAGAUGACGUGGCUUUCCUCACGAGGGAGAAUGUUGCGGCCGGAGAGGAGAUUGCGAAUAACUACGGUCCGAGGAACAACGAGCAGUUGAUGAUGAACUACGGCUUCUGCCUCUCCGGCAACCCGUGCGACUACCGCACUGUUGGCCUGCGCGCACCUCCAGGGAGUCCGUUGUACGUGGCCCGGCAACAUCAGCACCAGAUGUAUCCCCAGCUGGCCGCAGACGCAGACGACCACUACUACGUGUUCAACGUGUUCUAUCCACUGCUUGCGCCGGACACCGCCAUGGAGCAUUCGGUCUUUUCGCCGGCGCUCUUCAACGCCGUCUCCGUCCUGGCGGCCAACAACCGCGAGCUGGAGACCCUGGAGAUCUCCGAGGCUGGGAUCCGCAUCCCCGACGGAUACGGCAACUCGCGCACCAUCCUCUCGGCCCUCAGCCAGAUCAUCAUUGAGCUGAUCACCCAUAUCGUGAAGCUGAAGACAUCGGCCCCCGACUCGCCGACCCCCACCAACCUCAAGCAGACGCACGCCAAGAUCUACCGCGACAGUCAGAUCCUCCUCUCCGAGACAGCCCUCGUCAUCGCAUCCUGGACAUUGAACCGCGCACGCCAGCACAACUACCGCGGCAGCUGGGAUGAAACCAAGACGCUUCUCAGUGCUCACAUGCGCGGCAUCCCAGCCGGUAAAUUCUCCAACGAAGUGCAGUCCCGCGUGCAGGUGAAGAUCCUCGAACGCCCAUCCCUCCUCCACGACAACGGCGAACUCUUCUCAGCAGACGAGCUCGUCCGCCUCCUCCCGUCCGAAAUGCAAGACCCAGCACGAGUCAGCUUCCAACAGAUCUCAACGACAGCCGAACGCGCCGUUCCCGCCCUGCGCGACAGCCCCGACGCAUCGCCCUUUGCCUUCCCGAUGUUCCUGUGUCUGGUUGCUGCCGCGCACCGUAACUCUGUUCGUCUGUCCUCUCGUCUAGGCAAAUGGGUCGGCUUUCUCCUCGAGCAUUACCCGCCUCCGCCGGAGGAUGUGCUGUGGGCUGUGGAGGACGAAGACGACGAGUAUCUUCUUAGCGCGUUUGACGAGGCGCUUGAGACUAUGCGGGAGCAGAGCGAGGCCGCGUUCUCUGGUUUGGGGGCGUUCACCGGCGACUGGAAAGGCGACUCCUGGUGGCUGUCUCCUAACUGGCUGCGGUGGGCGUGGAUGGCGGUGGAGCAGGAGAGUGUCCAGGUGCCGGAUAACCCACUGGGGUUGCUCAGUGGGGGGGCAGGUGGGCAGGUGAUGCUGUCUACGGUGAACUACCUGUACGUGCCGGAGGACCAUCGUAGUUAGAC